AGAGGGAAAGGAGAAAGAUGGAAUAGCAUAUGGAGAAGAUGGGAGCAGCAGGAGCUCUUGUGUUCAUGUUGGUGUUCAUGUAUGGAGUUGCAGACGCCAAGUUGGUGCAGAAUUUCUACAGCAGCAGCUGCCCUUUGGUCGAGUCCAUCGUGAAGCAAGUGGUCGUCACAAAGAUUAGCCAGACCUUCGUAACAGUUCCGGCUACCCUUCGCCUCUUCUUCCAUGACUGCUUCGUCAAGGGCUGUGAUGCUUCAAUUAUGAUUCAGUCUUCUAAAGGAGACGCAGAAAAAGAUGCGCCGGACAAUUUGUCCCUUGCUGGAGAUGGGUUCGACACAGUGAUCAAGGCCAAACAGGCCGUGGAAGCAGUGUGCCCAGGCGUCGUCUCUUGUGCUGAUGUCCUAGCAAUUGCAGCGAGGGAUGUGGUUUCCCUGUCUGGAGGGCCAUUUUUCAACGUUGAGCUGGGUCGCCUGGAUGGGCUUGUCUCGCUUGCAUCAAAUGUACCAGGCAAUCUGCCGCAGCCGGACUUCAGUCUAAACCUACUGAGCUGGAUCUUCCGAAAGAACAACCUGACGGAGGCCGAUAUGGUGGCACUCUCUGGAGCCCAUACCCUUGGCUUCUCCCACUGCUCCAAGUUCUCCAGCCGCCUCUACAACUUCAGCUCCAGCAGGACCAUGGAUCCUACACUCAACCCAGCCUACGCCCAGCAGCUAAUGAGCCAGUGCCCGCAGACCGUUGACCCCACCAUUGCGGUUCAGCUUGAUCCAGUCACCAGCCUUACCUUCGACAAUGUCUAUUACAAAAACCUGGUCGAUGGGAAGGGCCUGCUCACCUCUGACCAGACUCUCUUCAGCAGCCGGCGGAGCAGACAGAUGGUGCGUGACUUUGCAGCAAACCAGACUAAAUUCUUUGUUGCGUUCGCCAGCGCCAUGGUCAAACUGGGCCGGCUGCAAGCCAAGACUGGGAGCCAAGGAGAGAUAAGAAGCAACUGUGCUGCUUUCAAUGCUUAAUUGGUAGCUAGAGACUCGUAAAAUGAUGCACCAAACAGGCUGGUAAGGGCACUUCGGCAUUUCAUGGCGGUCUUGAAUUGACCAUCUAUCGUCGCAGUUAAAAAGGGUUAUCCUAAGUUUGGUUUCUUUGUUUCUGAAAAAAUGGUUAUUAGUAUUUGUCUGGCUAUGGGGUUAUUCUUCUACAUAAUGCAGAAACGUCCGCUCCCAAAUGAACGGGUGGUUUCCCUUACGUCUCUUGAAUUUGUAUAAGAUAAGGUGGCAAAAAAUGAAGAUUGAUGAGCAAUAAUAUUUUGGUCCAUGAAUCAUAAA